AUGGGUAAGUACAUGAGGAAGUCAAAGACAACAGGGGAGGUGGUUCUCAUGGAGGCAUCUCUAGGCGUUCGUACAAGGGCUAAAACCCUAGCUUUGCAACGCUUGCAGAAAUCCGCCGCGGCGGCGGCGGCGGUGGAGAACUCCGGCGGGUCAUACCUUCAGCUGAGAAAUCGACGACUUGUAAAACCCCCAAUCCAUGUGGCCCACAGCGAUACGAAAAGACAGAGACAGCCUCCGAAAGAAAGUAAUUUACCGAGCCCUGGACCUGAAAACCCUAACCCAAACCAUAGUUUUAGAGCCAGUUCGAGGUUGAGAAUUGGGUCUUCUGUAAAUUCUGGGUCAUUGAACAAUGAGGAGGGUUGCAUGGAGGAAGAAGAAAAGGUGGUGGGUAAAGUGGGGGAUACAGAGAAUAACGAAAACGACAACAAAGAGAAAAGUUGUGAUGGGGUUGUUGAAGCUUCUUUUGGAGAGAAUAUGUUGGAAUUUGAAGGUAGAGAAAGGAGUGCUAGGGAGACCACACCUUGUAGUUUGAUAAGGGAUCCAGACACUAUUAGAACUCCUGGUUCUACUACUAGACCAACCAGUUCAACUCAGGCCAAUAGUAGCGUACAAAAUUCAUUGCGAAGACACAUUCCAACGGCACAUGAAAUGAAUGAUUUCUUUUCCGGCCCAGAAGAAGAGCAGCAAAGACAAUUUGUUGAGAAGUACAACUUCGAUCCUGUGAAGGACAAGCCCCUUCCUGGCCGAUACGAAUGGGUAAAACUGGAUCCUUGA